AUGUAUGGAGGGCCAAUGGAAGUACAUCGAAGAGAAAGAAGCAUUGACUAUAUGGUAAAGGGAAGACUGCGAAAAAGAUGGAAGGACAGUAUCAAGGAAUUAAUAGAAGAAACUGAAGUGGAAUGGGAGCAGGCAUAUAAUAGUGUGAUGGAAGGAAGUAAUUUUAGCAGCUAA